GGAGGUUAGUAAGUUGACGGGAACGGUGGUGGACCAGGUGGUAGCAGCUGCUGUUGUGCCUGUGGUGGUUUGAUAUUCGAUCGGAUCGUGAUCCAAUGGCUGAAGACAGGUACAACCUCAAGAAUCCGGCGGUGAAGAGGAUAUUACAAGAGGUUAAGGAGAUGCAAUCCAAUCCUUCUGAUGAUUUCAUGAGCCUCCCUCUCGAGGAGAACAUAUUUGAAUGUCAAUUUGCAAUUAGGGGUCCCAGGGAUUCUGAAUUUGAAGGAGGGAUUUAUCAUGGAAGGAUCCAAUUGCCUGCUGAGUACCCUUUUAAGCCCCCUUCGUUUAUGUUGCUGACUCCAAAUGGGCGUUUCGAAACCCAAACUAAAAUUUGCUUAAGUAUAUCGAAUCACCACCCGGAGCAUUGGCAGCCUUCUUGGAGUGUGAGGACUGCUCUAGUGGCACUGAUUGCUUUUAUGCCCAGCAGCCCAAAUGGUGCCCUUGGUUCUCUAGAUUAUAAGAAGGAAGAAAGACAUGCUCUUGCCAUCAAAUCUCGUGAAGCUCCACCCAAAUUCGGGACUCCUGAGCGCCAAAAGCUUAUUGAUGAGAUUCAUGAAUAUAUGUGGAGCAAGGCACCCCCUGUUCCUCAACUAAGCCCUUCACAGGCCUCAAAAGAACACCCUACCAACAGUGAUGGAGGACCUCAGGCUAAUCAGCAGGAUUCUGUUAAUAUGGUUGCUGAGAACAGACCACUGAAUCAGCAGGAUUCUGUUGAAGAAGAGCCUCUGGCUCCAGCCAAUGCUAAUCCAGGCAACGCUGAAAUGAGGAUGAGGGCAGCAGUGAGCGAGAUUCCUGCCAGGGAACCCAGUCAUCAGCAGCUGCGAAGGCCGCCAGAGAUGAGGGUUCAGAGAUCUGCUGACGACCGCUUGUUUACAUGGGCAGCUGUUGGACUUACCAUUGCAAUCUUGGUUCUUUUGUUCAAGAAGUUCACGAAAUCUAGCGGACCUGGUGCUGUUUUCAUGGGUGGUUCAUAGUUCUCCCGGCAAGGAUGUCGGUUGAGCUGUACUUGCUUUGCAGGAUUAGUUCAACAAGAAGUAAGAAACCUAUUAAAGACACAUUGAUUUGAAUCUAUAUAGUGAAUCAAUCUGUAAUAUAUAUUAUACCAGCUUGGUAAAUUUCAGCUACUGUAAUUAACAGUGAAUGUCAACAAUGGAUUAUCAUAUUUUUUAUGCAA